GCAACGUUUAUGCUGCUGCUUAGCUUUGGGACAAGCUUGUUUCAGAGCUUGUUUAGACCCCGCUGAAGCUGCUCUAUUGUAAGCCAGCGCCUUGAGCUUCACUGGGAGUAUAUAGUGCUUGCAUACACGAAACACGUAUAGCGCUGUGAAUUUGCCGAGGCCGACAGCCGCCAACUCACAUUCGCUUGCUCGAGGGGCGCCUGGGGGCAGCGCCCCAAGCUGAAUUGCCUGCCUAAGCGUUGAGCAGAGACCCUGUGAAGAUGUCGUCGGACAAGGACUGGAUGUUCUGCCCCACGUCGGGGUACCUGCUGCACCUCGACCCCAAGCGGCAAGUGGCCGCUUGCCCCGUGUCGGGCUACGAGCGCAGCCUGGCGGAGUUAUCAUCCGUGAAAGUGGUUCUACGCACGGACAUGGAGGACUACCGGCGCCGUUUUGCGCUUGAGCCGCUGGUGAAGAGCGUGGAGGAUGAGGAGCUGCUGAAGGGCCGCAAGCGCGCCACGGUGGACGAGCCCUGCCCCAAGUGCAACCACCGUCAGCUGGAGUACUACACCAUGCAGCUGCGCUCGGCGGAUGAGGGCCAGACCGUCUUCUACGAGUGCAAGAACUGCGGGCAUAAGUAUUCUCAGAACACGUGAGAGCGCGGCACUGCCACGGUCAACCUUGUCAGUAUACUGGCUGGCGCGCUGCGUGCCUGCGCACAUGCAUGCGUGCAGUGAGGAGUGGGCCAUCGGCUGCCUUGCGUGGCGGUCGUGCAGCCUACGUGUUGCGUUAUUUGACGGAAAGGAGCACCCCUGGAUGACGAUGCUCAAGUUGGACGUUCCGCUCGGGUCGGUCGGGUGUGAAGCCGCAUGACAUGAGACACGAUGUAUAAGCUGGUAUGGUGACAGCGACACGUUGAUGACGGGAUGGACUGCUGAUGUAUGCCAUUUGGGCCAGCUGUAGGAGUGAAUUUCCCUCUUCCCACGCGGUACCAAGCUUGGACCAGCACAACAUUAGGGUCUGCGAUUGAUGCAUCAGCAGUAGCGUACAUCAUCCGCGGCCUUUUCAGGUUAGCGGGGCCCUCGCCCCCCCCGGCAGUCCAGGCGCCGCGCCCACCGGGUACUGGCGUAACUAGUGUAACUAGUGUACGGAUGUGUAUGCCAAUGCAAGCCUGCUCGUUUGUUGUGCGAGCUGGAGUUGCAGGCAGGCGGUCAAUGUCAAGGCUUGAUUGGGCGGUGCUCGGGGGAGCGGGCGGUGCUCGGGGCAGCGGGCGUGAGGACGGAUAAGAGUUAAUGACGAGUUGGGCAGGAGCUGAAUACGGUAGGAGCCCCAGAGCAUGCGCACGAGACAAGCAAUGCUCCUUACGGUAUGCCCAUGUCUGCUGUCAACUCGCGCGGCUACAUAGGCAGCUGUGAGGAUUGUGUGUGUCGCUCUAGGCGCAUCAGCGUCUGAAAUGGCAACCGUGGCCGUGGACGCCUGGACGGUUCGUCACAACCGUCAGCAUGGUACUACGUAACGAGCGAUGCGG